UUGCUCCUUGGCUCCGCCCCCACCUUUGAAACGUCAACAGCGGCAAACUUUCGGGCUCCUUUGGGGGGGAAAAUGAGCGGCCGAGUCGAGGCGCCGCGGUGGAGGAAGGUGCCCUCCGUUACCGGAGUCAUCCCGCGGUCCAGGCACGGACACCGGGCGGCGGUGAUCCGCGAGCUGAUCAUCGUUUUCGGGGGAGGGAACGAGGGGAUAGCGGAGGACCUCCACGUUUACAACACGGUCUCAAAGCAGUGGUUUCUUCCUGCGGUGAGGGGGGACAUCCCACCAGGGUGCGCCGCUCAUGGAUUUGCCUGCGAGGGCACGCGCAUCCUGGUCUUUGGCGGCAUGGUUGAGUACGGGAAGUACACAAACAGCCUGUACGAGCUUCAGGCCAGCCGGUGGCUUUGGAAGAAGCUGAAGCCGAGGGCCCCCAGAAACGGCUCCCCUCCGUGCCCUCGGAUCGGGCACAGCUUCACCCUGUUGGGGGGCAAGUGUUACCUGUUUGGAGGCCUGGCCAACGACAGCGAGGACCCCAAUCGCAAUGUGCCGAGGUACCUGGACGACUUCUACGAGCUGGAGCUGCAGCCGACGACGGGGGCCAAAGGCUGGAACAUCCCUGACACCAAGGGCGGCGGCCCGUCUGCGCGGGAGUCCCACACCUGCGUCGCCUACUCGGGCCUGGGUCCCCCCAAGCUCUACGUGUUUGGGGGGAUGCAGGGAUGCCGCCUGAAUGACCUCUGGCAGCUGGAUCUCAACUCCAUGGUUUGGUCCACGCCCCAGACGUACGGCUCCACUCCUCUACCCAGAAGUCUUCACUCGGCGAACGUCAUCGGAAACAAGAUGUACGUUUUUGGCGGCUGGGUUCCCGCCCCGGGGUCAGACGGACACAUUACCGCCGGAACCGAGUGGAUCUGCUCCAACUCUUUGGAUUGUCUUAACUUCGACGCCAUGUUCUGGGAGAGCCUGAGCCCAGAGCAGCAGGACGACGUGGAAUCGCAGCCGGCGAACCCGGGCCCGCAGGUCGACGACCCGUACGCCUGUUGGCCCAGAGCCAGGGCGGGCCACUGCGCCGCCUCCGUCGGCCCCAGGCUUUACAUCUGGAGCGGCCGCGACGGCUACCGCAAGAGCUGGAACUACCAGGUGUGCUGCAAGGACCUCUGGUACCUGGAGACAGAUCGACCCGCCACACCAGAAGGCGUGAUGCUGGUCAAAUCCACCAUCAGCAUGCUGCACGUGGCGUGGCGCCCCCUGGCUGGAGCAGACUGCUACAUCCUUCAGAUGCAGCCCGUGGCCAGGCUUCCAGCCGCCAAGUCGGUGGAGACGGCCGCAGCAGAAAGUGGGAAACCUGCAGGUGCCCAGUCUCUUCAGAAUCAAAACGCGGACACGUCCGGUCCAGAGCAGAAGGCAUCGGCCCAGUUCCAGGAUCCAUCAGUGCAACCAGACGGAACCAAAGCAGAGGAUUGGAGUGCCGGGAGAGGGACGGAGGUUUCGGGGUCCAAAAAAUGCGCUGGAGGGGCGAUGGAAGACAGCAGCUCAGCUCUGCAGCAGCCAGACAAACAAAUCGCUUCAGCUGACAGAGCGGGGGAUCUGUACACCAACACAGAUCAGGUCAAGGAGAAUCAAGAUGGCUCCACGUGGUUCGACGUGGGUGUGUUUAAAACGCUGUACUCUGAGGUCAGCCACUACUUCCUGCCCGCUGAAGACAACCAGCCGCUCCACCAGAAGAAGCUCCCCGGGCCUCAGGACUAUCAGGGCAGGGAGAAGAGAGAGCUGAGUCCAGGCCAGAUGUACAGGUUCAGAGUCGCGGGAAUAAACUGCUUCGCUCAGGGAGACUUCAGCCCAGCCAGCGAGUUUAGGACCUGCCACCCCGGCUUUCCCGGAGCGCCCGCUGCCGUCAAAAUUUCCAAGGUCGGUGAUUCGGUGCAGAUUACCUGGGAGGCCCCCUCGUCUCCGUCAGGCCGGAUCGUGGAGUACUCCAUGUACCUGGCGGUGAGGAAGAGCCGCUCCAGCUCCGAUCGGCCGGGGCAGAUGGCCUUCAUCCGCAUUUACCGCGGCACCAAGACAUCCUGCCUGGUCAGCUCCACCCAGCUGGAGAACGCCCACAUCGACAGCUCCCUGUCCAGCCGCCCCGCCGUCGUCUUCCGCAUCGCGGCCAAGAAUGAGCAGGGCUACGGGCCGGCGACGCAGAUCCGCUGGAUCCAAGAUCCCAUUAACGUGCGGGUCUCAAAAACAGACAGCAGUGCUGAGGCAGAUCCAGACGCAGCUGACAGCUCCAGCUGAGACGGUCCUGGACCGGCUACUUGAAAAGAAAUCCACUCAGGAAGUUGAAUUGAACAUUUCCUAAACAUCUUUCCUAAUUUAUUUUUCUGUUUGUGAUGAAGCUGUAAAUAGAUGAAUGGAUAAUUUAACCUCCAACUGUUUUUUUUUUCUUUUAAAUAAUCUCUAACUCUAAUAUGAAGUUGUCAGUUGAGAUAUAUUCAUAUAUGAUUGAAACACCCGUAAUAAAUACUCCAAUGUUUGACAAAUUGUACACUAAACCCAGUUUUAGACUCCUGUAAAAUCUGGCUGUAUUUAUUAGAGUACAAAGGUUGUAUUCUGGUUCUCGCCGGUUCAAAACCUUUAGUGUGUGAUUUCUCAUUCGAACACUGCAUGGUACGUCUAAUGUAUGCAUGAGCUUAGUUGGGUGGAUUUUAGAUUUUCAAAUAAAACUAAUGUUGCCUUACAUUUAGCCGUAAACUGCGCAACGAUAUUAGUCCAAUAAAACUGUAAAAGGGCUUGUAUUUUAAGGCUGACCCGGCCCCAGAUUGUAGGGGCCGAGGGAGAAUAUAAGCUGGGGCCCUAAUUCCAGUUCACAUUAUUUAUUUAAACAUCAUGCAGAAAUAACAUGACAUGACUUGGUAAAGUUGGAAAAGAGGGACUAGUGGUUAUCAAUUGCUUGAUAUGUAGUGGUAAUGAUGACUAUCAAAAAAUACAUUUUUAUAACUGUAUUUUUAUAACUCCAAGCUCCAAUAAAUUACAAAAAUGUAUUUAGAGAAUUAA